GCUCCCGCUCCCCUGAGCCCCGCCAGACCCCGCUCCGCCCGCGCCCCGCUCGACUCCGGAGGCUCCCGCAGCCCCGGCGUCCGCCCCGCUGCCCCCUCCCCCGGGGGCCAUGGGGGCGCCCCCGGGCUACCGGCCCUCAGCUUGGGUGCAUCUGCUCCACCAGCUGCCCCGCGCCGACUUCCAGCUCCGCCCGGUGCCUAGCGGUUUCGCGCCCCGAGAGCAGGAAUACCAGCAGGCCUUGUUGCUGGUGGCGGCCUUGGCGGGCCUGGGCUUAGGCCUGAGCCUCAUUUUCAUCGCUGUCUACCUCAUCCGCUUCUGCUGCUGCCGGCCCCCAGAGCCCCCCGGGGCCAAGAGCCCCCCGCCUGGGGGAGGCUGUGUCACCUGGAGCUGCAUUGCUGCCCUUCUCGUCGGCUGCGCUGGCAUUGGCAUCGGUUUCUAUGGUAACAGCGAGACCAGUGAUGGGGUGUCCCAGCUCAGCUCAGCCCUGCUGCACGCCAACCACACGCUCAGCGCCAUUGAUCACCUGGUGCUGGAGACGGUGGAGACGCUGGGCGAGGCAGUGAGGACAGAGCUGACCACCCUGGAGGAGGUGCUCGAGCAGCGCACGGAGCUGGUGGCUGCUGCCCGGGCCGCUCGGCGGCAGACAGAGGCUGUGGCCCAGCAGCUGCAGGGGCUGGCCUUCUGGCAGGGUGUGCCCCUGAGCCCUCUGCAGGUGGCCGAAGAUGUGUCCUUCGUGGAGGAGUACAGGUGGCUGGCCUACGUCCUCCUGCUGCUCCUGGAGCUGCUCGUCUGCCUCUUCACCCUCCUGGGCCUGGCGAAGCAGAGCAAAUGGCUGGUGAUUGUGAUGACGGUGAUGAGUCUCCUGGUUCUCAUCCUGAGCUGGGGCUCCAUGGGCCUGGAGGCAGCCACCGCCGUGGGCCUCAGUGACUUCUGCUCCAAUCCGGACAUCUACAUCCUAAACCUGACCCAAGAGGAGACGGGGCUCAGCUCAGACAUCCUGAGCUAUUAUUUUCUCUGCAACCAGGCGGUCUCCAACCCCUUUCAACAGAGACUGACUCUGUCCCAGCGAGCUCUGGCCAACAUCCACUCCCAGCUGCAGGGCCUGGAGCGAGAAGCUGUCCCUCAAUUCCCUUCAGCGCAGAAGCCUCUGUUGUCCUUGGAGGAGACGCUGAAUGUGACAGAAGGAAACUUCCACCAGUUGGUGGCACUGCUGCACUGUCGCGGCUUGCACAAGGACUAUGGUGCAGCCCUGCGGGGCCUGUGCGAAGAUGCCCUGGAAGGCUUGCUCUUCCUGCUGCUCUUCUCCCUGCUGUCUGCAGGGGCCCUGGCCACUGCCCUCUGCAGCCUGCCCCGUGCCUGGGCCCUCUUCCCGCCCAGUGAUGACUACGAUGACACAGACGAUGACGACCCUUUCAACCCUCAGGAAUCCAAGCGCUUCGUGCAGUGGCAGUCGUCUAUCUGAGCCUCUCCUCCCUGCCAGACUGGAGCCUGCCUCCCUUCUUCGGUCAGCUUCCAGAGCGACACCCCCAGUUCCGCAGCCCGGCCUCUGCCCUCCUCUCCCACACCCCGAGGCACUCCGGGCUGCAAGCUAGGUGUGCCGCACCCUGGUGGCCCUCCAGCCUGCAUCAGUGUCCUGUCUCUGCCUCUCUCCGCAGUUCCUUCCCUGGCUGCCGGAGAAGACCCCACUAACCCAGCCUGACUGGGCUCUGACCACUAACACUCCUGGCCACGGACACCCUGCCCAGGACCACCUCCCUGUCCUGGCCCCUGGGCCCCCCCGUCUCUGUCCUUAGCCCUGGGAAUAGCUGAGUGGGCAGACCUGGAGGGACCGAGGCUGGCAGGGGAGGGGGCAGACGGACAGCCCCACACCCGUUCUCUGACUGCCAGUCCCAUACUUGAAGGGACUGAGCUGGGGGUGGGGGACAUGAGUCCCCCCUGUUGCCCCUGCCGCGUCCCAGUGGGCUCCGGGCCCCUGAUCUCAACUUGUGGCACUAACUUGGAAAAGGGUUGAUUUAAAAUAAAAGGGAAGACUUUA